GUCUUUUCUAGUUGGAAGAAAGGUUUAUGUUUUAGACUUCUAGCGUGUUUACAUUCCUGUAAACCCCUAAUUAUACAGUAUCUUAAUAUUGUGAUUAUAAAAUGCAGCAGCGUAUGAAAAGGACCUUUAUUUUGAUCUGGUAAUAUGACGUCAUAAGGCUGCGCCGGGCUCCUCCAGCAUCCUUUAUAGUUGGGAGAAAGGUUUAUGUUUUAGACUUCUAACGUGCUUAAAUCGAUGUAAACCAUCUAUAUUGUAGUAUGUACAAGGCAAUUUAAUGACACUGUAAUUUUUACACGUUGGUAACAGAAGAAGUUAUUUUGAUCUCAAUUCUGCCCAAGUGUGCGAACACAAAGCCCUCGUUCAGUGUAAAGAUGUGGUUUGUUAAAGAGGAGACGGAAGACUUGAGGAUCGCAGACUCUUUUAGAGUCAAACGUGAAGAUACGGAGACACAAACAGGGCUGAGGGUGCUGAAGGAGGAGGGUCAAGAACUGAAUAAAAGGGAAAUUGAGUAUCAACAUCAUUCAUUAAUAACAGGAGAAAAAUCUUUAAGUUGCUCACAGAACGAAAAUACUUUGUCACGAAAAAGAGCUCAAACGACUAGUCCAACUAGUGGUCAUUUCGAUCAACAUGGAAACCUUGAUGUCAACAUGAGAAUUCACAUAGGAGACAAGCCAUUCUCCUGCCAGCAGUGUGGGAAGAGUUACACCUCAAAAGGAAGUCUCAAAGAUCACAUGAGAGUUCACACUGGAGAGAACCCUUUCACCUGCCAACAUUGUGGAAAAAGUUUCAUUCGAAAAGGAAACCUGACUGUCCACAUGAAAAUUCACACUAGAGAGAGCCCAUUCACCUGCCAGCAGUGUGGGAAAAGUUUUGUUCAGAAAGGUAGUCUUAAAUCCCACACAAGAGUUCACACUGGAGAGAGUCCUUUUAUCUGUCAACAAUGUGGAAAAAGUUUCACUCAAAAAGGAAACCUGAAAGUCCACAUGAGAAUUCACUCUAAAGAGACCCCAUUCUCCUGCCAACAGUGUGGAAAAAGUUUCACUCAGAAAGGAAGUCUUAAAGAUCACAUGAAAAUUCACACUGGAGAGAACCCUUUUACCUGCCAACAUUGUGGAAAAAGUUUCAUUCGAAAAGGAAACUUGAAAGUCCACUUGCGAGUGCACACUAGAGAGAGCCCAUUCUCCUGCCAACAGUGUGGAAAAACUUUUACUCAGCAAACAAGUCUUAAAAUCCACAUAAGAAUUCACACUGGAGAGAAGCCUUUCACAUGCCCUCAAUGUGGAAGGAGUUUUACACAUAAAGGAACCCUUAAUAACCAUGUGACCACUCACACAGGAGAGAAGCCAUUUGUAUGUAGUCAGUGUGGAAAGUGUUUCCGAUUUACGGUAACCCUUAAAGACCACAUGAGGAUUCACUCGAGAGAGAUCCGUUUUGUAUGCCAUCAGUGUGGAAGGAGUUUCACAGACAGAAAUGAUCUUAAGAACCAUGUAGUAACUCACAUCGGAGAGAAGGCUUUUAUGUGCCAUUACUGUGGGAAGUCUUUCAAAAACCAUGCAAACCUUGAGGUUCAUUUAAGAAUUCACACUGGAGAGAAGCCUUUCAGCUGCACUCAAUGUGGAAAGAGUUUCACAGUUAAAGGAAACCUUGACAUUCACACGAGGGUUCACACUAAAGAGAGGCCUUACAGGUGCCUUCGGUGUGAGAAGAGUUUCACAUAUCACACGGACCUGAAACGUCAUUUGCUAACUCAUUCUGGAGAGAAAUUCCAGUGUUCUGAGUGUGACAAGGGGUUUCGAAAAAUAAGCAAUUACAGAAAACACUUGCAUAUGCAUUCGGGAGGAAGACCAUUUAAUUGUGUUAAGAGUAAAAGAGAAAUCCUAAAACUCUCAUCACACUUAGAUUUACAUUUGAAAAGGCAUGCAUAUGUGAGACUGUAUUCUUGUUCUUUUUGUGGAAAAAGCUUUAAAUGGCUCCGCAAUUUAAUAUGCCACCAGAAGAGGCACAUCUGUGUGAAAUCAAAGCUGCGUUUACGUCGCAGAUGACUGUGGCCCAAACUUGAUUUUCUUAUUAUUUUUUAGUUUGUUUACAUGACAUUUAAAAAAAAUGGUAUAAUACUUAAAUCAGUAUGUUGUAGUCGUGUCUACUACAUUCAUAGAGCAUUCAUUUAUGACGCAAUACAUUUUACACUCCUCGACUUACAGAUUAUAUAAAACUGUAAGAUUGGAUGGUGACUGAUGGUGGACAGCCAUUUUCAAGUUUCUCCACAGGUUGGAUUGGAUUUAAAUAUGGGCUCUGACUCUGUCACUCAAGGACAUUCUCAGAUUCAUCCCUAAGCCACUCUUAUAUUGUCUUGUACCCACAUGUGCAAUGGCAUUAAAGUAAAAUCUAAUCUAAUCUAUUGUCUUGGCUGUAUUUAGGGUCAUUGAAGUCUGAGUGCUCUGGGCAGGCCACAUCUGUAAAAAUCUCUGAAGUCAAGUGAAGUGAAGUGCAAGAUCACAUUUUCAGUAUCAAUCUGGAAGUUGGCUGCAAACUUGGAACUUGGUCCAUUUCACAUUAAUUUGUAAUUUGUUUCAUCCACUGCCUACAUGAUAGCAAAACAUGUCAGUCAUUGUUGUGCAUUCACAUCAAAUGUACAUUAAAACCCCUUCUGAAUAUAGA